CGAAGGAACAGACAUUUAUAUCACGCCGAGAAGAAAAAAAAAAAAAAAGAUAAAAAAGAAUGAUUUCAAGUACCUCAACAUUGAAGAGAUCUGCCAUCUCAGGUGUCAUGACGCUUAUCAAAGCUAAUGCCGCUACCACGGUUCGCUCCUCUAUCUACACCACUGCACGCCGCUACCAGUCUUCGUCUUCCUCGUCCCCUUCCUCGAGUGAUCUUUCUAAGCUUGAUUUUUUGAGUAUUGUUAAGCCCGAGCGUCAAGUGAACGCGGCGUCAAUGGAUAGAGUUGAUCUAGCACAUGGAUCCUUCUUUGCGCUUCAUCGUCCCCUGCUUGGUCUUACCCAUGUCCCUGUUGAUACUAGGAUCAACUCUUUUAGUGAUUUUGAAGAAUCUGUCGAGGAUUUGAACAAUUACUUCUCUUCACUUCGCCCAUACUCACCGCCCAACAGUAGCAGCAAUCUCAGAUCCACUGAUUCAAAGCAAACUGUGCAGGAGUUCUUCCAUCUCAUCGAGCGUCAGCAACAGAGUCGUUUAUUGAAUGUCGUGUCCAUUACUCCACCUACUAUCGGUACCAUCAUGGAUGAAAUGGAUGAUACGAAUGUGAUGCAUAUGACAAGUGUGCUACGCAAGAGGAGGAUCAAGAUGAGGAAGCACAAAUAUAAGAAGCUUCGUAAGAGGACCAGAGCUUUGCGCAAGAAGCUGGCAAGUAAAAAAUAAAAUAAAAUAAAAAAAAAGCCUGUAGGCUGGUUGCAUCAUUCAGAGCAGUGAUGAGCUGUAAAUAUAACAGCAAAGUUCCAAUGUGUUGCCAGAAGGAGUAGGUUGAGCAAAAAUAAUAAAGCUAAUAUACAAG